UAAAAAUGAAGACUAAAAGCGACACCGGGAUCCUGUUUGCAUUGAUAAGAUAGUGAGACAGCAAAAAAUAGAUAAGAAUGCUCUUUACUUCAAAAAGAAAUAGUGCAUGGAUUAUUAUCUACGUUUAUCAUAAGAUAGGGACAAAGUUAUCCCCUGAUAAUAUGCGGCAACUUGGGAAUAGCAGUCUCAGCUAACCCUUUGACUUACCUACCACCUCUGGUGGGAAGCUACCCUUGAGUAUAUUCCAUACACUGAGAGUGACAUUCUAGACAACACAGCACUGCCUAGAACAUAAAAAUUCUGCCAAAAAAGUUUUUUUCAUUUUAUUUAAAAAGAAUAACCAUUUAAACAUGCCAUACUAAAUUCUGCCUAGGGAAUACGUGCAACUGUGAAAAAAAAUAAAAGCAUUAUCACAGGAUAUGUGGAGAAAUCAGGGUUAAAAGGAGGCAAGAGAAACUGGAAUGGGUUGGCUGGAGUUCUCCAUGGGACAGCAGCUCAGUGACAAAUCCACAGACGCGCUUCUUGUGCCAGAUGGAAGGUGCUGUGUUCCGUAAACCUGUUGGGCUAGUAGCGGACGUGUAUUCAUUCAUGGAACUAAUCUGAACACAGUCAGACUCUGGCACCACAUCUGCCUCAGCGGCAUAAGGAAGAUCAGAGUGGGGCUGUCUGGUGUCUGGCUGCCAGGGAAGAUUCUUACUAAGAGAUAAGUAAUUGUCGUGGGGUCAGGCAGAGGGCGCUAUUUGCUGGGUGUCAUACAGACCCUGGGUCGCCUCUCUAGGCAGACAUCAAUGAGACACCAAGACUGGCGGGAGCUGGAAUGUUCCAGAAAGAGCACCAGCAGCACCCUGUAGAGGGCAGUGUGGGGAGAUCGACCCCAAACGAACUGAGUCUCCGACUUCACCAGUCAGAUGGAGGGACCCAAGGGCACGCUGAGGCACGGGCUGCUGAGGAAGACUAGGCAUCCUCUGGAGAUGGUGAUCCUACUGGCCUUGCUCAUAGCUGUGGGCUUACCGUUGGUGAAGACGGCUUCCGAUGACAGGAUCAGCUGUCACGUUUGUGAGUCUGAGAGCAACCUUAACUGCUCGAAUCCAGUGGCCUGUGAUAAUGACAAAAGGUUCUGUUUGUUGGCUGUCACACGAAUAUUCGAACGUUUCUUCUACGUGUCAAAACAGUGCACCCGAGUGUGUCCAACCCCCCCACUUUAUUAUGCUGAAACACCAUCUGAGCCUAAGGGGUUUGUGCUCGAAAAGCCCAUGCCCUUCUUAUUUAUAAGGUGCUGUAAAUGGGACUUCUGUAAUGACAAGGCUCCAAUCUCCAUCACUAUGCUCAAACAAGAGCCUGGAAAAGCCAGUGAGAGAAGACACAGAUACACUGAGCUGUUACUGCCUGGCUUCAUGGUCCUUACUGCUAAUGGCCUCUCAGCCCUCAGCCUGCUGUAAGCCACAGAAAGACCUGGAGCAUGCCCUGUGGGGCAUGAAUUUUCUGUACCCUGCUGGUCCCUUCUAAUUAAAUUUGUUUUUCCUUUGUUACC